GAUGUAUCUGGAGGUCCGUCCAGCUUUCGUCACAGCAGUGCUGAUUUGCGCCACUAUCCUCGAUAUUUGCAGGAAGACGGUGCUUUUAUUGCAUCCUGUUCAGACUCCGACUGGGUUGACGGCGCUGAUGCAGGAGCAGACGGCGUCAGUGGAGAUGAACACCGCCAAGAGAUGCUGUUUCACCGAAGCAUGGCAGCACGAGCCACCCUUCCUGCGAUUGGUGUUCGUCUUCAAAUCGCCCGGCGUCUCAGUCGACCUUCAUCCAUCUUAACUCCGUCCACCCAGACCUUGAAUACCCCCGCCUCUCUGCUUGCCCAGCGAUCCGGUGCAAUAUCUACAGUUUCUUGCCGAUCUCUGGCUCCCGGUGACGUGGUCUCUCCUUCACCGAGGCUGCUACAGCAGCCGGCGGCUUCGUUCAGUCAUCUUCCUGGCAGCUGGUCUCAAAAGCAGACUCCUAAUAAGCAUUGGUCAUAUCGGGACCCAGAAAAUAGAGAUAAUCUUCAUCCUGGAAGUUUAGAGGCUGUUUCCACCCAAUCCAGUGUUCAAAUGCACCGUUUGUCGGGAUCUAAAUCAUCUUCGGUGCAAAAUCAGGACCUUUUUGAAUCGUCUUCACCAGCCCUGCCAGCCUGCCACACAACCCUGAAUGUGCCCUCUCCAACACUCUUGCCUCCUGCAUCCUCCGAUGCUGAGGGCACUUUGGCUCAGCCAGAAUCCGUUGAGGCGACAUGUGCACAUCAUCAUCCUCCACCUCCCUUGAAGCCCCAUCUUAAGCCGCUGAUGCGUUCCACAACUCUGGGCCGGGCAGACGGUCUUCAGGAGCGUAGACAGUCAUCUCAGUGGCCAGACUCUUGUCUCCAGCCAGCUAAGGUGUUGUCUUCAACUCAGAUGGUCGCCACGAGUCCCAGUCCAUCUGCCAGAAUCGGCUUGACACCUCCUCUUCCCAAACCACGCGGAGGCCUUCGAUUCACCUCCCCUUUUCCUCAGAGAAUUGAAGCUAUGACGGAGCCCUGUACUCCAACCAGCCCACUAGGACUUUCUCCACACGUCUUUAGUAGCCAGGCCUUUACUAAGCCGUGCCUUUCUCCUUAUGAACCAGAGAUUGAGUAA